CACAUAUGCACAGUGUUUUCAUCAAGUGUCACGGAAAUAAUCGGCUGAGAUUUUCUCGUCUGGAUAUGGGUAACGUCAAGCAAGCUGGGUUGGAUAUUAUCGCAUUGUGUGUAUUUUGACUAUCUCUGUUUGCAGUGUUCCAGUCAAAACACUGGGUCAAAAACUGGCCUGCGAUGAAAUGCGUGGUCAGUGUGCACAUGUGAUUGCUUUUCAAGAAGCGGCAUUUUUUUGUCGCUACUCAACAAACCAUUCUGCAGUGCUAAUAUAACGGAUAAGACUGAUCGGACUUAGGUAAGUUAGGAGACGAACAUCGUUGCCCACGUCUCACACCAAAGCUUGCCGUAGUCGAAACUAUAAGGUUCGUGCGUUUUGGAGCGACUUUCCGCGACGAACUGACGGAGGGACGGAUUUAGGGGUAGCCGAAACUAAAAAAUAGUGAAGCUCCGGAUCCCACGCGUGCGCGAUUGGCUAGGUUUCCGCGCUCCAUCAUGCGAAACGGAGGAAUGUCGUUGUCUUGUACUCCAUUCGUGAGGCUGUCAUUAGUGGUCGUUGCCUGCUAUGUCGCGUGCUCACAAGCACGCGUGCAUAUGAGCAAGACACGCCACUCGUCGGAAGAGGACGCGGAUAUUGCCCUUGUCCGAAAGCACGUGGCGAGAGGCAUUGGCUUGACGGUGGACGAAGCUGACAGCCUGGAAAGAAGAGCGGCUGCGGCGGCCGCCCAGAACAGGCCAUCAUCACAAGGCAGUGACAAUGCUGACCAGACACAUGAUACAACUUCGGACAGGCAGCCCACCUUCGGCCAACUUUCACCGUUCGACGGAGAGUCAGCUACUACUUCGGCGAACAGCAUCCUCAGAAGAUAUGACUCCAUAAUCGAGGAAAUAGAGGGAUCGGAUAGUGGAGAGAAACAGCAUGACAUGUUCACGGUGGACCUGAGAGGCUGGCCGGCGGAAGAAGACGUUGCUCUGGCCGAGUUGCUCAUGUCGCCUCAGUUAGUGGCCAGCGUGAUGUCGGAGAAUCCCUACGAUUCCCCGCUGGUGACGGUGACCGUCACUGACGCCUAUCAUAGGGAGAGCGGCGGAAACAGCAAACACGAUGCUAAUGAGCACUUUGCUACGGACGCCGUCCGCUUCUACUUCCUGCACGGCAGGGAGUGGUGUGCUAUUGACGUUACAAGCCUUGUUCAGCGGUGGCUUGGCGGCGACAAGACGGGACUGCACAGCUUCAACCUGCGCGUCUCUCCAGGCCCUUCCGUGGUGGAUGAGGAGAACGUGCUCAAGGAGCUGCAGCUCAACUUCUCAGUGCCGCGCGAGCAGAGGACCGCCCCACCAGUGCUGUACACGUACUCGCACCAGAAGACGAAGCGCGUGUCCGAGCACAGUCUUCACCAGGCACGUCUGCGCCGCGACACCGACACCGACCAGCCAACCAACGAGCACUUGGUCAAUCACGAACAGUGUCUGCCUCACCCGGACGGCACGAACUUCAACAGGCUUGCACGCCAGUGCAACUCCUACUGUCAGUUGUUCGACGUGGAUACCAUGGGCUGGGGCCAGUUCAUCAUCGCCCCCAUGAAGUUUGAGAUGGGGUACUGUGCCGGUGAUUGCAAGUUUCCACUCGUCCACGGCGGAGUGGAUGCCCGCCGCUACCUGGACGCAAACGGCAUCAGCAGGCUGCAGGACAAGUACAAGACCACGGUCACUCGUCAUGCACAUUUGCAAGCGCGCCUAGCCGUCGAGAACGCCGAGCUGCCCGUGCCCAAGUGCGUACCACUGUCCUACACGCUGCUGACAGUGCUCUACCUUGACUCGAGAGGCCGCACGGUCGUCAAACCUAUCCGUGACCUCAAGGUACGUCAGUGCGGAUGUGCGUAAGAAAGCCGGCCGCAUUAAAACACUGCCGUAUGAUCUCGUGGAGAUUGCCGCAUGUACAUGUACAUGCCUGUGUAGGUGCCUACUGUGAUGUUCUGCAGCUUUGAUUUCACAUUAAUUUUAUAGCAUUCGGCUGCCUAGGUACUGUAGUCGUAGCAGUGAUAGCAGUACAGUAUAUUCAUGAUCAGUAGUACUAUGAGUUACAGGCAGGUCAGUGCUAUAGAUAACAUAAUAACACAAAAGACUUGGACACUGGUGUUCCUACCAAUGACUCUGCCAGCAACCACCAAUAGAUUUUUGAAAAAUUGACUCAAGCUGCAGUUCCAAAGUUUCCAGUUUAUCACGGGCUACGUUCUGCUCACGAGAUACGACUCUGCAGCAGGUCUUAUAGAGUCUGCAAGGCACUCAAGCAUUGUAUGUAUUCCCCUUCACAAUGUCUUUAUGCAGAGAUUUGACAGAAUGUUUAUUAUGUCCGCUUCCCUUGCUAAAGUAGCUCCCCCCCCCCCCCCCGUACUCUUGAAACAUGUCUUCGUUUUUAAUGAGUACACAUUUCGAGUAGUAAAUGAUGUUGAGCCUGCAUGCAGAUCACUCAGUCAAUGUUUUUUGUACACUUUUAGGAUAUCGGUACAUGCAUACAUACUUUUGUCAUUGCAAAUUGAGUACCUGAACUGUGUCCACAUGCAA